UAGAUACGACUUAAGUGCGCUAAACAAUUACGAGCCCAAAGCAAAAUCGUAUAUAGUAACGAGUUAACAUCACACAAUUUUUAACUAAGCCCGCCUGCAAAAAAAAACGGUAUAAUCAUUGCUGCCGUUAUUAUCGCCAUUAGCACCACUGAUCCGGUCGCCUCCACCACCGCUGACGCUGCAAUCCCAUCUAUAGCAAUGCGUCGUUCCUCGUUUACGCCUGUCUUUAGUUUGAACACUCAGGAGCCGCUCAUCGUAGUAGAAGAAACAAACACCGCCGAUGAUGGCGAAGUGGUGGAGGGUGCAGCUGGUGGUGUUGAUACCGCAGGAGCCACACGAAAAUCCACUAGCGACGAUUCUGAUCCCGACUCGCCUGUCAAUCCGUAUUUGUUAUGCCCAUUUCCGGAUAUGCAACAGCGACGCAAACAUUCAUUGCCAUCGCUACAGAUCACCGAAGGUAUAACGGCCAGUCAAGUGCGACGACUGUCAGAGGUGGGUGGUGAAAAUGGUGGACUUAGCCCUAAAGAAGUUGAAUUUCUGGCAACAUUGUCACAGAAAGCAAAUCCCGCAGCGGGUGGCAGACGGCAUUCGGUUGUCACAAUUUCCGCCGUACCACCAACGUUAUUUGGACGCAAUCGACGAGAAUCGCUAACAGGCUUGCCACUCAGCAGUGGCAGCCGGCGCGGCAGCAUUAUUCAAGGGCCACCACUUACCGACCAUCGAGGCAGUAUCCACAACUUGCAACUUGACAUCAUGGAUGGCAUAGUGCAGACGCGCAAACGUGCCGGCAGUGGUGUGUGGACGGCACCAGUACUGCAAGAGACCGAAAAUAAUGUGCCAGUGCAAACAUAAAUCAUAACAACGUCCCCCUAUCCUACCAAUCGGCCCACGACCAUCAUACUCAAAACUAGCAACAGCAUCGACAUUAAUGGCAGUAGCAAUAAUGAUGAGAACAAGAAGAAGAAGAAGAAGAAGAAUGACUGUCAAAUUAGCACCAAUAAAAUUAAGCAAAAAACUAGCAGCAAGAAUAACGCGGGCACUUUGGAUGGGGCGACGGCUGAAACACCAACAGCAGCAACUACAUCGACAACGACUACGGCAAAUGGUAAUGAGCGAUCAACAUCAUGGCAUAGCAAUUUAGUUUCACGUUUUGGCGCGUUGCUUUGUUGGCAAUCGCUGGACUGUUGAACAAACGAGUGGCUUGAGUGACUCCAACUGGACAGAAUUGAAAUCGUAUUGCGGUGAGAAAAGUAGCACCAAAUAUGUGUGUGUGUGUGAUGGUUAGUCUUUGGUCAACUGACCACCACAAAUUGCAACAGGAAAUGUCCACAGUGCACAGCAAGCGUGAGCAAUACGGAGUAGCUCAAUUUGGUCGUCCAAUGCGAAAACAAUCAUAAACUUUCCGCUUUCGCAAAUUACACAGUUGGAAAAAUUGCAAUAAAGGUGAGUUACAAAGACAUCGAUUUACCAGCUUUACAAGCAUGCGCGCAAUGUCAAUAAUAUUGACGUUAUACUCGUACAACAAUGCCGAAGGUCAGUCGAAGGGGGGACGUUGGAUAGAAGAACAAAAGUUCCAAGGUUCUAUAUUCACUGGCUUUCUUAGAAGGAAGCAAAACAUGAAAGGCGGUAGAUAUUAACAACUUCAAAAGUACGUUGAAACUUCGCAUGAGAGUUUGUAUGCAUUCACGGGCUGUUUAAGGAUUUCAUCACAGAGAAUAAUAAAGGUCAGCGAUGGGAUUAAAUACGGCAGCAAAAAAACAACAACAACAACAACAAGAGCAUCUAAAACAAGCAUGUACAUAUGCAUAUAUGUAUGUAGUAUGUACGUACUUAUACGUAUGUACUUACUAAUCUCUCUAAUAACCGCAAACCAAUUAACUAUGGAAAAACUGAAUUCAUUGACAAACAAUGGAACUUGAAAGCACACUCGUACAUACACAAUCAAAUAAGAAGAAUCAACAAUUUGAUGAGAUUAUAAAAAGGACAUAUUUAAUUAUUAUUAAAUCAGGAAUUGAUAAAUUAGUAAAUAGACACUUACAAUAUGUAUUUAUGGUAUGUAUGUGUAUGUGUACUUUUUCGAAUAAUACAAUUGGACUUACUUACAUAAAUACAUAUAUGCGUAGUUAUAGAAAUAAAUAAAUAUGUACUAUACAUAUUGCCUCCAAUCAUAAAUA